CUAGACAAAGUCACAUUCUAUUAGCGAUGUCGCUAGUAGAAAAGUCCAAAAAUGUAUGGGAUUGACAUUAGCUAUCGAAAUGUCACGUGGUCUAAUAGAAACGAAUCGAAAUUUGCUAGACAAUGUUAAUUUAAUCGAUUCCAUCGUACGAAUAGACAACUGUCGAACGACAAUUCACUAGAGAAGUGUCGACAAUUGCUAGCCAAAGUAACAUUUUUGACAAGCGUCAUCGAUAGUUAGCGAUUGCUUUGAUGGAAACUCUAGCGAACGUCAAGACCCUGUAGAAAACGCAAUAAAUGACAUUGAGUGGAUUGUUUUGAGUAGCUUCGUGUAAAAUUUUGUGAUUUAUUAUUGGUUUUUUGCAUUAUUUUGUUGUUCUUUUUUGUUUUUAGUCGGUAAAUUUGUGUUAAUUGUUAAGAAUGCAUACACUUCGUUUAUUGUGGGCAGCACAUAAUGAAAGUGUUUGGUUAAGACGCCAAGAAAGAUAUCGUGCCCGGCAACGAUUGGAGCCUAUUGAGGAGAUGCCUGAAAUGCUAUUUAUAGAACGGUUUAGGCUUAAUAAAUCAGUUUUUAAAAAACUUUGCCGUGAAUUACGGGCUUCAACCACAUUAAAAGGCUCACGGGAGAUACCCUUGGAAAUAAAGGUCCUUUGUGCUCUUAGUUUUUUUGCAACGGGAUCUGACCAAAGAAUUGUGGGGGUUAGCCAUCAUUUGACGCAAAGGACAACAAGCCGUUGCAUCAGAGAGGUUGUCGACGCCCUUAACCACAAUGCCAUAAUAAAAAAAUGGAUAGUUUUUCCUCAAACACCACAAGAACGCUCACAAAUCAAAGAAGAGUUUCAAAGAAGAUAUAAUAUACCAGGCGUUAUAGGGUGCAUUGAUUGCACCCAUAUACCAAUAGUUAAGCCCUCUGAAUCUGAACAUUUAUAUUUCAAUAGGAAAGGAUAUCAUUCCUUAAAUGUUCAGAUGGUAUGUAAUCACAAUCUAGAAAUAAUUAAUGUCAAUUCCAAGUUUGGUGGAGCCUCACAUGACUCGUACAUAUGGGCUUCCAGCGAAGUAGAGACGUACAUGCGCUCAGUGCAUCAAAGCGGGGAACGUGUUUGGCUACUAGGUGAUUCUGGCUAUCCUCAGAGACCUUGGCUGAUGACACCUAUAUUGGAUGCUUUGCCUGGGUCUCGAGAAGAGACGUACACAACACGCCACAUACAAGCACGGAACUGCAUUGAGCGCUGCUUUGGAUUGCUGAAAGCACGUUGGAGGUGUCUACUUAAAGACCGAGUUUUGCAGUACCAUCCUUGUGUUGCUAGUAGGAUAACACUUGCGUGCUGUGUAUUACAUAAUAUCGCAUUAAAAGCACGGUUACCAGCACCAGCUGAUGUCCCUUCUACGCAAUAUAAUGAUGGUAUUGAUUAUUACUCUCAACCAGCAAGCUCCAAUGUCAGCAGCCAAAUAGAGCUAAUUCAAGGAAGAGCAAUGCUCAAUCAUUUAAUUAGUAGACUAUAA